AUGACUGCAAAAGAAGAUACUCUACCGGAAAGAUUGCGAUUCCAUGGAGUUCACACGAACAUUUUAUGGAGGAAUCUCAUUUCUGAAUUUUUCGGAACAUUCCUGUUAUGUGUAAGUUCCAGAAAGUUUUAUUGGUCUCUCAAUUGUCUUCCAAUUUCACGCGGAGGUGGAAAGACGACAGAGUGGAUUGGUGUUAAUAUUGGAUGGGGAUUUGCAAUUAUGUUUGCAGUAAUGGCAACGGCUAGAAUGUCAGGUGGUCAUCUGAAUCCAGCCGUCUCGCUUCUUCUUUGGUCUCUUGGACAUCUCAAACUUGCUUGGGUUCCACUGUAUGCAAUUGCUCAAACAGCUGGAGCCUUCGUAGCUUCUCUCGCUAUGUAUUCUUAUUAUUAUGAACAGUUCGACGCCUUCGAUGGCGGUAAUCGUUCGAUUCUUGGUGCCACUGGAACUGCUGGGUGUUUUGCCAGUUAUCCAUCUCCAAACCUCGGAGUCUGGGGUCCAUACAUUGAUCAGUGCGUUGGAACUGGUGUUCUUGCUUAUUUCUUGUGUGUUGUUAUUGAUGAGAGAAAUCAGAUUCCAAAGAUUUGGCAUCCAAUGUUCUUUGGAUUUUUGGUGAUGAUGAUUGGAACUGGUUUUGGAAUGAAUAUUGGAUAUCCAAUCAAUCCAGCAAGAGAUCUAGGACCACGACUUUUCAGUUAUUUCAUCUACGGACCUGGAGUCUUCCAUUCUCCAUAUCCUAACUAUUGGAUUGCUCCUGCUCUUGCCCCAUUCGUCGGUGCUCUUGUUGGUGGAUGGUUCUACCAUCUUUCCCUAGGAAUGCACAAUCCAGACAUCGAAGAAACCGAAGAUCACGCUGUUCAGGAAUCUCCAAAAUCUGCAGAACAACAAAAACUUCUUCAGGCCUAA